UAAAUCAAGCCACAGUUGAACAGUUAAACCAGCUCAACAAUAAACGCGUGAGCGACGAAUAAUCCCCACCUUUGUCGACAGGUUGAUAUCGACUCUCACUUACGACUCUUUUACGAGUAUUCCACUGUGGUAAAUAUCCAUGUAAUAAAUAUGUACCUAUCUACAAUCAAAUCAAAACAGGCGUUUAUCAUGUUAUCAAGAGUACAUUAUUUAUUUGUUUUAGUCUUGUUCAGCAUCUCUCACUCAGGAACGUGUAAUCGUCUAGGUGAAGCCAUGGAAGCUAACGGUGUAGUUCCAGAUGUUAUUGAAGUUGCUCCUCAGGAAGUGGUUCAGGUUUCAUAUCCCAGUGGUGUGAAAGUUGAUCUUGGAAAUGAACUAACUCCAACUCAGGUGAAGGAUGAUCCAAGUUUGAAAUGGAAUGGUGACCAGGAUACAUUGUAUACAGUUGCGAUGGUUGACCCUGACGCACCCAGUCGAAAAGAGCCAACCCUUCGCGAAGUGCUCCACUGGCUAGUCGGCAACGUUCCCGGUACCGAAGUCCAGAAGGGAGUGGCCCUUGCGGGGUACAGAGGGUCCGGCCCUCCUCUCGGCACGGGACUCCACAGAUACGUUUUCCUCAUCUACAAACAGAGCGGACGAAUCGAAUUUGACGAAAAACCCAUCUCUAAAACAUCCAGGGAAGGACGUUUGAAAUUCUCCAUCAAGAAAUUCGCUGAAAAAUACAACUUGGGACAACCAGUAUGGGGCAAUUUCUAUCAAGCACAAUAUGAUGAUUAUGUCCCAACCCUUCAUAAACAAACUGAUCAAUAAUGUACAACAAUAAACAAUAAUGUACAACAUCUAUAAUAUGUAGUCAUUCAUUUAUAGAAAUGACCAUGUGACCAUCUAUGUAUUUUUAUCAUUCAACAAAAUAAACAUAUUCUCAAAUCUUAUAAUUACUACUACUUUAUUUAUUUUUUUAUUGAUUCAUAGCACAAAUUUUUGUAUGCACCUUAUUUCAAUCUCAAUUGUUAGUUUCCCGUUCCUUCCAUUUCUCUUUCAAAAACUUCAUCUUCUCUUUCUUUUUUUGACUUGUGGAGCUUUUUUUAUCCUGAAUUGACUUAAUUUGGGCUUCAACACUAUUUUCUCUGUUGUAGAAAUUGUCCACUUUUGACAAAAGAAUGUCAUGAGCUAUUUUCCUAUUUUGUUCAAGAAAUCUUGUUUCUUGGCAUUUAACUACAAUUCCUGAAAUGAGAAAGAUGAGUACCUAGUGAUUGACAAUUUUGAAUGAAAAAUAAUAUGUACCUGUAGGGAUAUGCUUCAGUACCACACAACUAGAUGUUUUAUUUAUUUUUUGGCCUCCAGGGCCAGAUCCUCUGACAUGCAUUUCUGCUAAAUCCUCAUCUUUCAAAAGGGGUACUCUUGAGUAAUCAAUUGAAUGUUUUGAUCUCAAAAAAACUCCAAAACAAGCCCUCAAAUGUCUUUGUAAUAGCAUUAUUGAAUUGAUCUUUUGGACAAUAAUGUGACACCUUUCUGUAAAUUGAGCAAUGAAAUGAUAAUCUAUAGGCAUUUAAUUGAUAUUGUCUUGGGCCUUGAUUGGGGUAAGUUGAUUCUGAACUUAGCACUACAAAUGGAAGUUGUUUCUAGUCUCACAAUAAAGGUUGUUUUGGCACUGUGAAUGAAUCAAAUAGCUGCUGUAUGGGCCAUGGGCAUGGAAUAAUAACAGUGAUGCUUGUACAUGAUGUAUGUACAAACGUUUUUCAGAUUCAUUUUCAACUUUAAUGGCACCUUUAAUAAGUAAUUUAUCGAAAGGCAAAGUAAAGGUCAACCUAUAGAAUGGACUUGACAUGCAAAUAUUAUAAGGGAUAUUUUCUCUUCAUGUAAUAAAUUUCAUUUACUGUAAAAUAUCUAAUAGAAACAUUACUCACCUCAAAAUUAUAUUUUAUAUCCG